GGGGAGGGUUCAGUGCAGAGCAGCUUCCAGUCUUUCAGUGCUGGGGAGGAAAGGACUAACAGAGCUGGCUAUGAGAGAGAACCUCCCGUCACGAGGAUGCAAACAGGCAUGCCGCCACGUCCACCACCACCACCACCAGUCACAGGCAUGCCGCCACCUCCAUCACCACCACCAGUCACAGGCAUGCAGCCACCACCACCAGUCUUCAGGCAACCACAUGAACAUUAUGCUCCCAGGCAUGAGCAGGGUUGGAUGGCUUCAGUUGAGGACCCGGAAGUGAUGCCACCACCAUUGACAUAUGACCCCUGGCAAGAUUCCUGGCCAGAGGAAUAUUCUUCUUUUGGCUUUGAGGGGGAGCCAAGAUAGCCACAAAGGGUCCAUGUAUUUACUCCCCCCCCCUCCCCAACACAAUCUCAGAGCAGUCAUGACUUUUACACACAGGCUAUGUCACAAGAAGUGCCAACUGGACAGGCUGAGUGGUCCCACACUGGUCAUCAGUGGGACUAUCAAUCCACCCUGAGAGCUCCACCAUCCUCUUCACUUGGGAGAGCUCCACCAUCCUCUUCACUUGAGAGAGCUCCACCAUCCUCUUCACUUGGGAGAGCUCCACCAUCCUCUUCACUUGGGAGAGCUCCACCAUCCUCUUCACUUGGGAGAGCUCCACCAUCUGCAGAAGAACAUAUAGCUGAAAGUACUCAAGCAGCAGCAGAUGCAGCUGAAAAUGUCCCACAAGCAGCAGCAGAUGCAGCUGAAAAUGUCCCACAAGCACCAGCAGAUGCAGCUGAACCUGCACAUCAAGCACCAGCAGAUGCAGCUGAAAAUGUCCCACAAGAAACAGCAGAUGCAGCUGAACCUGCACCUCAAGCAACUAGAAGCCCUGCUGCUCAAGAGCCUGUGGAUGCAUUGUAUUCUCCCCUGGGUGAGGAAUACAUUGCACUCCAGAGGAGGCUCAUAACAAGCUGUGAGAGCAGACAAAGAGGCCAAGAGAGGUUUCACAGGAGCCAAGAGAGGUUACACAAACAUAGCAUAGAGCUGCAGAGGGACAUGGCAGCAUCAUUAAGUGGAAUUGUUCAAAACCAGUCACAGAUGAUGCAAAUUCUGUCUGAUAUGCAGAUGGACAAUAGAUGGCGGGAACAAAAUCAACUCUUGGGUGUGUUGGUUGAGCACUUUACACACCAGCAGCACACUGCCUCCAGCCUAUCAUCUGUGGCCAGCACUCCAGCAGAAACAUCUGAAUCUUCUCAAACCAGGAGAACAAGGAAAUCCACUACAGUCACCUCAGCCCCCUCAUCCAAAAAGCCUAAAAAGAAAUAAAUAUUCUUAUAGUUCACCAUAAA